AUGAGUGAUAUUAUUACUCAAGUACUUCGAACGAAUAUUUAUAUACAGCCUAUUUAUUUUUUUCUAUCUCUCGUAACAAAUACUCUCAAUAUGCGUAUUUUAUGUUCGCGUGCUCUUCGUUCAUCGCCAUGCACACAUUAUUUCUUAGCUUAUGCUGUAUUCAGCAUUAUUUAUAAUGGUAUAUUGUGUCCGACACAAUUCCUACGUGGUUUUUCUAUUAAUUGGGCAAAUAAUUAUAUUGGCUGUAAAACACAUGCGUAUAUUUUGUUUCUAAUUCCAUUCCAAGCUAAUCUAAUGAUUAUUUUAGCUUCAUUCGAUCGCUAUUGUUCAAGUCUAAAACUGAGUCGGCUGGGUUCAAAAAUUAAAAUUCGAAAGACAAGAAUGCUUAUUGUAAUCAGUACUAUAGGAUCUGCACUCUAUAUGCUACCGAUGCUUACUACCUAUAAUUGGAAUGAAAUCGAUAAAAAAUGUUUAUUAUAUCCAAAUGCUCUAGUGCGUAUUUAUAUUUUUAGUCAAAUAUUUUUGUAUUAUAUUGUAACACCUAUAUUAAUGACCCUAUUUGGUCUGAUGACGAUCAAUAAAAUUCGUAAGCGAUCGCCUGAUAUAUUGGCUUUGAAAACGUUUAUGCGAGGUCGACGCACCCAAAGACAAUUAACUAAAAUGUUGUUUCUUCAAAUUAUUAUUCAUCUUAUUCUCGUACUUCCAUUUGGAAUUACGUAUACAAUGAAUUCAUUUCGAUCAUCGACAAAUACGCCAAGUAUUAUAGCUUUACGUCUCGCUUUUGUAACAUGGCAACAGAGCGAUUAUUUUAUUUCAUUUUUUCUAUAUAUUCUCUCUGGACAUGUUUAUCGUCGAGAACUCCUGCGAAUAUUUGGUUUUAAUGAAACUCGAUACAAAUCAUCAAGAGUAUUUGUAGGAAAUCAGAAGACCAUAAAUCGAAAAGUGCAAGCUAUUAUUGUAAUUGCACAAACUACAAAGGCAAUCGUCGAUGGUUUACCUGAAAAACAUAAGUGA